CCGCUUCCACGCCGCCGAUGACGUCUGCCGCUUCCACGCCGCCGAUGACGUCUGCCGCUUCCACGCCGCCGAUGACGUCUGCCGCUUCCACGCCGCCGAUGACGUCUUCCUCCACGCCUGCCUCGCCGAUGACGUCUUCCUCCACGCCUGCCUCGCCGAUGACGUCUUCCUCCACGCCUGCCUCGCCGAUGACGUCUUCCUCCACACCGCCGCCGAUGUCAUAUCCUCGUUUCCGGCGAGACGCACCAUGGCGCCAAUCACGUCCGCCUUCCCGACGGCCAAGAUGGUGGCCGUCCCUUGGUCGCCCGCCUCGCCGGCUUCAGCGGCGUUCUUCUCGCCGCCGCCAUCAGACUCGUCCUCGGUGGAUUCGGGGACACUGGGGCCGGCGACCCACCACCAGUUCUCCCCUCCACCCUCCCUUGUUUCGUGAGUAUGUUGGACAUCUGGAAUCUGUCCAUAGGGGGGGGAUACUGUUACGGCUCAGGCUCCUGCCAACGCCGCUCAUCCGUCUGUGCGCACCUCGGGACACGCCCACGGGUGCGCACAUGCAGGGACGCGCCGCGCGCGUCUCCGCCCUGCUGCAGCCACCAGCUGCAAUCACUCGCUGGCAAUCUGCACACCUGCGACUGAUCAGAGCGAGAUCAAUAAAGGACCAGUGGACCCAAGGAUCGUCGCGGGAACUUAGCUUUCUCAUGGUGUACCUACCCUCCGUCGCCUGCGUCUCAAUUUCCCCUGGAUCUCCCUCUGGACUCCGACUGCUUCCUUCGUUCCUCGACCUCUUGCUCGCCCCUGGAUUCUGA